AUGGCCGGCCUGGUGUACCUGUUGGUGCUGCAUAUUGUCAUCUCAGCAGUGGGCAUUGCGGGGAACCUGCUUCUGCUUGGCUCACUGAUGCGGCUGCCGCGGCUCAAGACCUACGAGAUCUUCCUGCUCGGCCUCGCCAGCACCAACCUGGAGGAGAUCGUCGUCGUGGACGUCUAUGAUGUGGUGGUACUGCAGCUCUCACAGAUGCGUCUGGUUAAUGUGUGGUGGUGCAGAACCCUGAAGUUCCUGACGGUGUUGGGGGAGAUUGGAAGCAUCUCAUUUACAGUACUCAUCAGUGUGUUCCGCUACCAGAAGCUACGCGACGCAGAGCGGCGAGUCAGUCGGCCAAUCAGGAUGGACGACCGACGCGUGGCUUACGCCCUGUGUGGUGGCAGCCUCCUAUUGGCCCUCGCCUUGGCAACGCCCACCUACGUCACCAACCUCGACGGCCACUUAGUCAACCUCAGUCAGCCCGGCGGCUGCCCUCCGGACUUCUUCCAGUGUCACCCUGACAAUUGCCCCCUUCUCAAUCGCCUCUACAAGUACCUGUUCAUCGUUCUGGUUAACCUACUCCCCCUGCUGGUGGUGAGCUACAGUAGCGGCCUGAUCCUCAGAGUCCUCCUCCGCCAGCACAGGGCAGUGCAGGCGCGCCUGGCCACACAGGGUCACGUGGGGUCACGUUCCGGACGCACAACAUUCCGAUUCCGGAACAGCACCGUGACCAUCUUGGUAGCGAUGGUGGUGUUCCAGGUGAACUGGAGUCUGUACUUGGUGCUGCAUCUGGCCUCGUCCCCGUACUCAUUUCAUGCCUGGUCAGAAGUGGAGUUCUUCAUCACCACCUCCUACACCACCAUCAGCCCUUACGUAUACGGCAUCGGCAGCGACCUCUUCGCUAUCAGGAGCUGCAAGGGUUAA